ACAUUCAGCCCCGCAGGAGUCAGUCAGUAGCUCUCUGCACCUCCUGCAAUAAGGACUCACCUCUCAGUAGUUCAAGGAGCUUUUUUCAUGGAGGGCUGCUUCACCUGUGGACUGUGGCUGGUCGCCUUUUUCUUAGGAUGUGGGCGACUGUCGGCUUUCAACCUGGACACGGACAGUGUCCUGAAGAAGACCGGAGACCCGGGCAGCCUUUUCGGCUUCUCCCUCGCCAUGCACCGGCAGCUCGACCCGGUGGAUAAGAGAAUGUUGUUGGUCGGCGCCCCCAGAGCAAAAGCCUUGAGUGGUCAAAAGGCUAAAGUGACAGGAGGACUGUACAACUGUGACAUGAGCUCCACCUCUGCUGGAUGCAGCAGAAUUAACUUUGAUAAUGACGAGGAUCUGAGUAGGGAAAGCAAAGAAAACCAGUGGAUGGGAGUGACAGUCAACAGUCAGGGGCCAGGAGGCAAGAUUGUGACCUGCGCCCAUCGCUACCAGCGACGGACCAAUGUGAACACGGCCCUCGAGUCUCGCGACAUCAUCGGUCGCUGCUACGUGCUGAGUCAGGACUUGACAAUCGAUCCCAUAUCGAGCGAAGACGGGGGCAACUGGCAUUUUUGCGACAGCCGACCCAGAGGCCACGAGAUGUUCGGCUCCUGCCAGCAGGGCCUCUCUGCUACCUUCGACAAUGACUACCACUACUUGAUCUUUGGAGCUCCUGGAGCUUACAACUGGAAAGGCGUGGUACGCUUGGAACAGAAGAAUGACACUUUCUUAGAGAUGGGCAUCUAUGACGACGGUCCAUUUGAGGCAGGAGAUGAGAAUGAAAAGGACCCUGACUUGGUCCCUGCUCCUGCCAACAGCUACCUGGGUUUUUCACUGGACUCAGGGAUGAAUUUGGUCAAGAAGGGCCAGCUGACGGUGGUUGCGGGAGCUCCCAGAGCAAACCACAGCGGAGCGGUGGUGCUGAUGAAGAAAGGCGACUCCACGAGCAACAUCCUGCUGGGAGAAUACACCCUGGAAGGGGAGGGGCUGGCCUCGUCUUUCGGCUACGAUCUGGCUGUGCUGGAUCUCAACAAGGAUGGCUGGCAGGACAUAGUGGUGGGAGCGCCUCAGUACUUUGAGAAGGAUGGAGAAAUUGGAGGGGCUGUGUACAUCUACAUCAACAAAGCUGGAAAAUGGGACAAAAUCACGCCCACCAGAAUAGACGGACCUCAGGACUCCAUGUUCGGCCUUGCUGUGGAAAACCUGGGAGACAUCAAUCAGGAUGGUUUCCAUGAUUUUGCAGUGGGAGCUCCUUAUGAAGAUAACAGUGCCGGGCAUGUUUACAUCUACCAUGGAUCAGCCACGGGACAAAUCUCUAAAAAGGCUUCACAGAUGCUGUCUGGCCAGCCUUUAGGAGUGAAGCUGUUCGGUUACUCUUUGGCAGGCAACAUGGACCUAGAUAAGAACUCCUAUCCCGACCUGGCUGUCGGAUCUCUGUCAGAUGCUGUGUUUGUCUACAGAGCCCGUCCAGUUAUCAGCAUCAAGAAGAAAAUCACGUUCUCACCGAGCGAAAUUGACCUCACCAAGAAGAACUGUGGCAACAGCUUCUGCCUGACUGUUGAGGCAUGCUUCUCCUACACCGCCAACCCCAAGAGCUACUCUCCCAGACUGACCGUGGCGUACUCCCUCGAGGCCGACGCUGACCACAGGAAGCUCGGUCUUAUUCCCAGGGUGACCUUCAUCGGAGACCCCACCGCUGAACAUAACUAUGAAUCAAAGGGGACAAUAAGCAUAGAGGGCCAAGGGAGGCAACAGUGCAUCACACGGCAACUUUCUGUACAGGAAAAUAUUCGAGACAAGCUACGUGGGAUCCCCAUCGACGUGUCUGUGGACAUACAGGACGCCAGACGUAAACGGAGGCAGCAGGCAGCUCCACUGACUCCUGCCCUGGACGCUAAUGAGCCAAUGACAACUCGAGCAGAGGUGAAUUUCCUGAAAGAAGGAUGCGGAAAAGAUAAUGUGUGUCAGAGCAACUUGGAGGUGAAAUAUCGCUACGGUCACAGGUCGACCAAUGAAGAAAGGUUCACUCCAUUGAAACUGGAGAAUGGUGUGCCGGUGAUCUCGCUCAGCGACCAAAAGGACAUCGCCUUGGAGGUCAAUGUGACCAAUAAAAAUGGUGACGAUGCACACGAAGCUUACGUGACCGUCUCCCUGCCUCGCUCACUGACCUACUCUGCUUACCGCCUCUUAAGUAACGAGCGACCGGUAACCUGCAUAGCCAAUAAAGACGGUUCCAAGGCUGAGUGUGAGCUUGGAAACCCUUUCAAACGUGACUCACAUACGACCUUCUACAUUAUUUUGGGCACAGCUGGCAUCUCUUUCAACACUUCAGAACUGGAGAUUGAUCUUCAGCUAACAACGACAAGCGACCAGCAGAAACUUGCUCCUGUCAAAGCCAAGGCAAAGGUGGCCAUCAUGCUGCAGCUGUCUAUAUCAGGACAAGCCCAGCCAUCUCAGGCCUACUUUACAGGAGAGGUCAAAGGUGAGACGGCCAUGAAGACUGAAAGCGACAUAGGCAGCGCGAUCAUGCACCAGUUCAGAAUAGUCAACCUGGGAAAACGCUUGACAGAUGUCGGCACUGCAUCCCUCGAUAUUUACUGGCCAAAGGAGACAGAGCAGGGAAAGUGGCUGCUCUACCUGAUGAAGAUCAGCUCCACAGGAGUGGACCAGAUAGAGUGCACUCCUCGAGGGGAGAUCAACCCUCUGAACAAGGAACCAGUUAACUCCAGGUCGAGAAGAGCAGCAGAAAACACCCAGGGAUCCAACAAGGGCACCUUGUCCCGCUUAACUGACAACCACAAAUCUCUGUCCUGUGGUAAUGGGGCAAAAUGUGUGAGGAUAAGGUGCCCCCUGCGGGGCCUGGACAGUAAUGCAGUCUUCACUCUGUCCUCUCGCCUCUGGAACAGCACCUUCAUAGAGGAUUUUUCCGACUUGCAUCAUCUGGAGGUGAUAGUGAAAGCUGCUCUGCACAUUGAUAGCACGACAAAGACCACAGUGCUGCAAAAUGCAGAGUCGCAGGUGAGGCUGACGGUGUUCCCAGAGAGGCGUGCAGCUCAGUACGGAGGCGUGCCGUGGUGGAUCAUCGUGUUGUCGAUACUGUUCGGGCUGCUCUUGUUGGCCCUGUUGGCUUUCCUUCUUUGGAAGUGUGGCUUUUUUAAGCGUGCCAAAUAUGAAGACAAGGUUCCCAGUUACAAUGCAGUCCGAAUCAAACGGGAGGAGAGAGCCAUCAACCCUGGAAAUGGUAACUGGGAAAACGUGGAAAAGAAGCCCUGGAUGACAACCUGGCACGACAAUGAACACUAUUCUUAACAGCCAAUGAAAUCUGACAAUACACUUCACUGUCGCUUACUGAUGAACUGCCAGUUUCACUCGUUUUUUGCUGCCCUGCCUUCGGAGGACUGUAAAUAUCAAAAUACAAGGAAAAUCAUUUGUUUAAAAAAAAAAUUGAAACAUUUGUAGGACCAAAUACUGGAUCACACUCUUUACUUCAGGCACCGAUCUGAUCUUGAACAAAGUCUGUAUGAAUCACUGGAAGGAGAUUUGCAGUGUGGGAGACCGUCCUGCACAACUACUGUCGGAGGUUGCUUUGUACAUUCACAGUGUUGACGGUUGGGGGGUAUGGAAAUGUUACUAGAUGUUUUGUACAUUUCUUUUUAUUGAAUGUUUUGCAGAAUUGUUUGUAUUUAUUCUUGCGAGGAGUACUUUCUGUUACGUGCUCUACAGGCCAAAGACUCAUGCAAUGCAUAUCAUACACAGCAGACUUUUUUUAUUUACUAAAACAUGUUAAUUUCCCCCACUUUAUAAGUGCAUUUUUUUUAUCUGCUGUGCAUCUCUUAACAGCUGAAACAUUUUCAUGCUCAAGGUGGCUCAGAACAUACACAUACUGUAACUUAUCCACAGUUGUCAAGCACUUGGUUUGUAAAUAUGCCGCCCGACCACUACAGAACCCAUCUUUUAAUCACCGCAAAACAGGAGGAGCGUGAGAGCCAACAAAGUGUUUCUUGAAUAAAUUUUUUUAAUGUUGUCAUA